GUGCAAUUCAUUCCGGAGGUGCUGUCCGACUUUGUGGUAUACCAAUCCAAUACACCAUCAGUUGCGAUUGUGAUUUUCGUGGGAGCAGCUGUCGUGUGCGCUCCUUUUUCCAUCGUCUUCGACGUCUUUUUAUUUGUAGUUAAUUUUUUUUUUGGUACAAUACAGAACGUAAAGUUCGAGACUAUUCAUUGCAAGUUAAAAGAGAGAGGCAAACCGAAAUGGACGAUCUGGACAAGCAGCUGGCCGAACUGAGGCUGAUCACCAGCAAAGAGUUGAUGCCUAAUCCGAAUAACACUUUGGGAAAGAAAAUUGGACCGGCCGUUCCACCGAAACCUAAGAAGCAACAGCCUCAGGUUCCUCAAUCGUACUCUUUGAAGCAGCAGAAGGAGCCUCUGUACGCUGGAAGGUUGCAGAACAACGCGCAAAAUCAGUUUUAUUCCAACAUUGGACAAGAUAUCCAUAACGCUCCAACUUUGAGGGUGGAUCGGAUGCCGCAGGAGACGCAAUACACUAACGUCCAACCGGAGAACAGCCAGUAUUCAAAUGUGAUGGGGCUGCUGCAGCAUUCUCCACGUCCAUCGGAGGUUACUUACACCAAUGUCUACGUGGGUGGUUACAAUUACCCCGAAGGAGCGGUUUACAGCAAUUACGUCCCUCCGAGGGAAAACAAUUAUAGGAACGCUCCGAACGCUUCGACUGCAACGAAUAACGUCUACGCGAACGGCGGAGUCGACGAUUUACCGCCGCCCCCGCCGCCGAUCGAUCUCAAUUCGCAAUAUACAGCGUGCACUGUUAACAUCAACUUCCCGCCGCCCCCUGAUGAACUUCCGCCGCCGCCGUCUCCGGUCAGCUCGAGUUACAGCGAACUGAGAAGAGCCACUCAACCCAAUCAGGACUACAACAACUAUAUGGGAUCUCAAUACGGGGGCUAUGGAUAUGGCCCUUCCUCGCAGUCUUCAUCCACUUACGAGUCCAUUUACGAGCCGAUAAAUCCCCGUCCGCCGAGUCAGAUGUCGUCCAGAUCUAAUUACUCUUUGUACGCUCCGUACGGGAGCGGCGUGAGCACCAUGUCCGGGCCGAGUCAAUCCGCGAGCAGAGUUGGUCAGGUCAAAGAGCAGGAGGUGGACGCGCUCACGGAUCUGCUCGUGCAAGGAAUGGACAACGACACCGAAGCCGGCGACGUCUUCGGCGUUUGCGCCAAAUGCAACCAGAGGGUUGUCGGCGCCAAUAGUGGCUGCACCGCGAUGGACCAAAUCUUCCACACUUCCUGCUUCACGUGCCACCAUUGCGCCAUCAAUCUACAAGGACAACCGUUCUACUCGAUGGAAGGGAAUCCUUACUGCGAAGACGAUUACUUGAACACUUUGGAGAAGUGCUGCGUCUGCACGAAACCAAUCCUCGAUCGAAUCCUUAGGGCUACAGGUAAACCCUACCAUCCGAAGUGUUUCACCUGCGUCAUCUGCGGGAAGAGCCUCGACGGCAUCCCGUUCACCGUAGACGCCACCAAUCAAAUCCAUUGCAUCGAAGAUUUCCACAAAAAAUUCGCUCCCAGAUGUUGCGUCUGCGUGCAACCCAUAAUGCCGGAAGCCGGCCAAGAAGAAACGGUUAGAGUCGUAGCUUUGGAUCGUAGUUUUCACAUACAAUGCUACAAAUGCGAGGAUUGCGGUUUAUUGUUGUCUUCGGAAGCCCAAGGUCGCGGAUGUUAUCCGCUCGAUGAUCACGUCCUCUGCAAGAGUUGCAACGCGAAACGCGUCCAAACUUUGACCAGCCACAUGACGACUGAGCUCUGAAUGCGUACUACAUAAUUCCAUAACAAACAUUCCACGCUCUACAUAUUAUUUUUUUUUUAUUAUUAUAUAUAUAUUUUGGACGCUUUUUUUUAAAUGGAAAGAUUUUACGUAAAAAAAGACGAAUAUUUUAGACGUUGUUAUUAGUUAUAUCAUAUAUUUAUAUAUAUAUAUAUUCUCUAGUUUGUGCCAAUUACUAUCAUAUUUUGUAUCAAUUCACACGAGGAAAACGGAUUAUUGUGAUUUAUUUUAUAGACGUUAGCUCGAUGUAUAUGUAUCAUUUAUCUUUGUUUCUUUUUUUUUAAUUAUCAACUAUUGAUGAUUUCUA